CCAGAUUCUUCUCUGAUGCUCUUACAUUACAGGUCUCCUUUGUUUAAGGGUCUAAGCUUUUCUUUGUUUCUCUGCAACAUUUAACCUCUCUAGUCUCCUUCCCCUGCUUCUGCCUCUUCACUUCUUCAUUCUAUGCCUCUCUCCCUCACUUUUAUACGUUGCAUUAGAUCUGGGUUCUCCAGUAUCUCAUUGAAUUCUCCAUAUUAAAAAGGAAUUUGGCGGUGUAAGUAAGGUGAAUUGUGAUGGAUUUGUCAUCAAGUCAACCGGAAUUUGAUUAUUUGUUCAAAUUGCUAUUGAUUGGAGACUCUGGAGUUGGAAAGAGUAGUCUCCUUUUGAGUUUCACGUCCGAUACUUUCGAAGAUCUUUCUCCUACAAUCGGUGUUGAUUUCAAGGUAAAACUAGUUACUCUUGGGGGUAAAAAGUUGAAGCUUGCUAUCUGGGACACAGCUGGGCAGGAGAGGUUUAGAACAUUAACAAGCUCAUACUACAGAGGAGCACAAGGGAUCAUUAUGGUUUAUGACGUCACACGGCGAGAUACAUUCACAAACCUCUCUGAUAUAUGGGCCAAGGAAAUCGACCUCUACUCAACAAACCAAGAUUGCAUCAAAAUGCUGGUUGGAAACAAAGUGGAUAAGGAAAGUGAAAGGGUUGUCACUAAGAAAGAGGGAAUUGACUUUGCUAGGGAGUAUGGCUGCCUCUUUCUUGAAUGUAGUGCUAAAACUCGAGUUAAUGUAGAGCAGUGUUUUGAGGAGCUUGUCUUAAAGAUCUUGGACACACCCAGUUUGUUGGCUGAAGGCUCAGCGGGUGUGAAAAAGAACAUCUUUAAACAAAAGCCUCCAGAAGCUGAUGCAUCUACUAGUAGCUGUUGCUAAUGUUGAUUGUUAUAUUCAUUGUCUUGCACUUAAAAAAUUUCAACACAAAUGGUGGGAAUGUUUUUUCCUUCUUUGAUCAUCAUAUGUAUUAUGUUAUGACAGAAAACUGUAAAUUUAGUCUUUGAUUAUGAAAUUGACGUUUCUGUAAACGUUACAAGUCA